AUGGCGGAGCAAACAGUCAACAUACCGCAGACCCUCGUUUUCCUAAUCCUCUUCCUCCUCGCCAUCCGGUGGUACUUCUCAAAGCCAACGCCAGGGACCACCUCUUCCACCGGCACGCGAGCGACGACUCCUACAAUCAAUCGUGGGGUCCGGAUAAACCCUGCCCAGGUCGAGAACGUUGCACAAAUGUUUCCAAAUGCGAGUCGGAGAGACAUCAUGUGGGACCUGCAGCGGAAUGGUGGGAAUGUGACGGCGACGGUUGAGAGAUUGGUGGAAGGGCGGGGACUGGACACUCCCCCACAAUCUUUCCAACCCCCAACUCUCCGCACCUCGAACCCAAUCUCUCGGGCUACGGCACCGCUUUCAAAGCCAGCCCACCCUGAUCUCAUAACUCGUUAUAAUCUUUCCUCGAAAAUCAGCGCCGAGCCCUCAUCUUCAAUACCAGAGUCGAACGUGCCGAAGAAAGCAUGGUCAGCAGAUAAGAACGAGCGGCAGCAGAUGCUGCAGCGACGGCGUGACGACAUGAUCUUAGCAGCGCGGAGGAAGCUGGAGGAGAAGGAGAAGGCAAGA